AUGGCUUUCGUCAAAGAUCCCUGCGGCAUCGUCUGCGUGCUGGUCACCUACAUGGCCGUACUAUACGCGGACUAUGUGGUAACGCAUUGGAUAAUACUGCAGACAAUGCCCAAUAGCCUUUGGGCUCCUUUCCAUGUGGUGGCGUUUAAUACCAUCGUGUUCCUGCUGGCGAUGGCCCACUUGAAAGCGGUUCUACUCGAUCCGGGUACGGUUCCACUGCCGCAGAUUCGCAUCGACUUUUCCGAUCUGCAUUCGGAGAAAAACUACCAGCACGAGCGGGAAGAGUGGACCAUGUGCACGAGGUGCGAAACGUACAGACCCCCGCGAGCACACCACUGCCGUAUCUGCAAGCGCUGUAUCCGACGCAUGGACCACCACUGUCCGUGGAUCAACAACUGUGUCGGUGAGCGGAAUCAGAAAUAUUUCCUGCAGUUUCUGCUGUACGUAUGUGCGCUCGCCGUGUACUCGGUCUUCCUGAUCGUCAUCUCGUGGGUAUACCCGUGCGAAGAUUGUCACGUAGACGUUUCACAGGCUCAGAGCCGCAUGAUGCACAGCGUUUUGCUGCUGUUAGAGUCAGCUCUCUUUGGGUUAUUCGUGAUAGCGAUAAUGGUCGAUCAAAUGCACGCCAUCCUUUACGACGAAACUGCCGUAGAGGCCGUGCAGCAAAAGGGCCCGUACCGGAUUCAUCGUCCGAAGAUGGCUUUGUUGGCGGAGGUGUGUGGCCGGGGUCAUCCAAUGAUGUGGAUGCUUCCCUGCACGAGUCUCAACCGGAAGCAUCACGAUGUGCCCUUGCUGAGCCACGAUGUGUAA